GAUAAUAUAUAUAUAUCAAUAAAUAAAUAUAAUAUAUUUUACAAUUCAGCUUCAAUAUUGAAAGAUACAAGUGAAAAUGUGGGUCGAGAUUGGUUUACUAUUGAUGAUGUUAUUUAUAUACGCGGUACUGAGGGACAAGCGACCUCGCAACUGCCCGCCCGGUCCCGUGGAGAUUCCGUUUUUUGGUCGACUUCCGUUUUUCGACGAGGAAAUGGGCGAAUACUUACGAAAGAACUAUGGUGAUAUUGUCAUGCAUCGCACGGGGCCCGUGCGGUCCGUGUACCUGUUCGACUACAACACCGCCAAGGAGGCCUUGGCGAGACCAGAGUUCGCCGACCGCCCCGACAUUUUCUCCACAUUCAGCAUCGAUGAACAAAAAGUUGGAGGAGUGGUUGGCAGCAACGGCUUACACUGGCAGCAUGACCGUCGCUUUGUGUUGCGCAACCUACGCAACCUCGGCAUGGGCAAGAGUUACCUGGAGGAAGCCAUCAACAUCGAAGCCAAGGCGCUGGUGGAAGACCUCAAGAAGUAUGGCGGUGAAGCCAUCAACUACCCCGACAGCUUCAGGACUGUGGCGCUCAACAUCAUCUGGCAGAUGGUGGCCAGUACUCGGUACGAUCUGCGCUCAAGUGAGGUUGAAACCAUCUACCGCCUGACGAGUGAAUUUCGAGACAAGUUCACCGUGUUGUCUUUACUGCCUUCGUUUAUUCCGGUAUUAGGUCGUCUGCCCGAGUUCCUCAAGAAUAUUAUUUUUGGCGAUGACAUCAUCGAGCGUUUCGUAGAAGAAAUGAAAAAUGUCAUGAAUGGAGCCGUGGACAAGCACCUGGAGGACUAUGACCCCGACAACCCCCGGGACCUCAUAGACGAGUACAUCAAAGGCAUGAAGGAGAGCGAAGGAGACGACAACUCCCUCUUCAGGAGAGGAGCUUUGAAUCAAAUCGUCAAUGAACUCUUCGGCGCGGGCUCGGACACGGUGUACAACAUGCUGAAGUGGGUGGCCUACCUGCUUGCCCGGUAUCCAGAGUACGCAACGAGGAUGCAGCAGCAAAUAGACGCUGUCGUGCCCAGGGACCGCAUGGUGUCGCUCGACGAUAAACCGAAUUUGCCAUUGGUUGAGGCAUUCACCGUCGAAGCUUUGCGGUACUCCUCCAUGCUGGUGUACAACGUUAAUAGGGCGGCCACCAGAGAUGCAAACAUCAGCGGCUACUUCAUACCUAAGGGCACAAUGGUGAUCGUGGCGAACUACUCAAUCCACCACGACCCGCGGUACUGGGACGACCCCCACAAGUUCUACCCUGAACGAUUCCUGGACGACAGCGCCACCAAGUACACGGCCCCCAAGCAGGGUUUCUUCGCCUUCGGUUCGGGUCGGCGUCAGUGCGCAGGGGAGCUGCUGGCCCGCAUGGAGUUGUUCCUCUUCACCGCCGCCAUCAUCCAGCACUACGACGUGCUACCGCCUGAAGGCGUCGACCUCAGCCAAAACAAAUUCGUGACCUUGGCAGGUUCUCGUAUACCUUCAGAUAGCGCGCUUAUCUAUAGAGCCAGAAUCUGAUUCUCGCGUUGACCUAGCUUUGUAGUUCUCACCUCCUUGCCAACAAUGCAGGCUCAUAGUCACUUCAUGGGUGGGUUAUGAUGGCAAGCUAUCCACCUGCUCGCAUGCCUAUGUAUUUAGUCUAUGCAAACGGUUAUUGUCUUUUAAAUACUUGUAAUUACAUCAUAGGAGAGUGCAAUAGAGCACUCACACAUCACCCCUUGAAAUGUUAGAACCCUGAAGCUUCUCGACACCAACGCAAUGCAUCAAGCCUUGAAAACACAGUAAAGUGAACAAUAUUCAGCCUUCACAAGGAUGAUGGUUUCCAUGGGCAUUGCUCAUCACCUAAAUUCACGUUCGUUAAAAGAAUUAAACGAGGGUGGCUGUUCCAGAGCCUCUUCACUUAAUACAUCUACAACGAUAUAAACGCGUUCAUUUGCCUCUCUAAAUAAACACUUCAAAAAUAAGAUGGUAAUUAUCUCAAUUAUUGCAGUAUACUCAACAGAAUUGGCUGCGUGCUGCUGAAAUCGUCAAGAAAAUAUUUCGUUUUAAUCACUUUUCUAUGCUUCACCGCUAAAGAAUGCUUAAAUUACCCUGUUCUUCAUUGUUUGCCGUGAAGUUAAAAAGUAUAUUCCUGUUUCCCUUGACUAUGGAUCUCAGUUAAAACAAAAUGAAUCAGAAUAAGCUAAACACCUAUAUGUUGUCCAUGUAAUCAACAAUUUUGCUUGAUUUAAAUAAUUUAAAAUCAAUCUAGCCCGAUUCAUUUGUCUAUACUGGUGAUAUAAGACAUUAUCGUCAGGCGCGAUUCUGUCAUGCUCAGGUAAAGCUCAUUCAAGCUGAUCUUUACUGUAUAAAUACUGUUGUUAAUAAUUAUU